GGUCCCGCGCCCGGUCCCGCGCCCACCCCGGCGACAUGGGGCUCAGCUGAGGGCGCCGGUGAGUGGGGCCGCGACGCUGCGCGGCCGGGCAGGUGACUCAGCCAUUGUAUGCAUGAGAUUUGUCCACACACUGGCUCUUCAGACAGGUCUUCCAUAUCUCAAAUUAAGAAGUUCCAUAUCACACUAAACAUGGAGAAAGAAGAAAAGAAGUUUGUCAAUAAAGCAGAGGAGGAGGAGAUGGAGAUCUAUGGUUAUGAUCUGUGCCGUUGGAAGCUGGUGCUAGUUACUGUAGGAGUUAUCUGUUCUGGAGGCUUUCUUCUCCUCCUCCUCUACUGGAUGCCUAAGUGGCGUGUGGAAGCAACAUGCAAAAGGACUAUGCUCAAAGACUGUGGAGUGGUUCUGCUGAGAACAACUGAUGAAUUCAAGAUAUGGUUCUGUGCAAAGGUUCGCGUUAUGCCUUCUUUGGGAGCUGUUUCUUUACAGAGUCCUAAACCUAUUAUACACAAGGUUUCAAAUGGCCAUGCUGUUCACUUCUGUGAAACUUCUGCAGAAGAGAUUAAAAAUGAUUUGAAAAAAUAUUUGCCUAUUCGUUAUUUCACACAUCAUAGUGUGAAAUAUUUCUGGAGUGAUUCAGUUCAAAGUUUUGAUGUUGUACGGGGGCUAGAUGAAUCUACAUUCUGUUCUUCAAUUCAUAAUGAACACAGCACAGGAUUGACAAAGGCGAUCCAUGAUUACAGAAAAAUAUUCUAUGGAGUAAAUGAAAUUGCUGUGAAAGUGCCUUCCAUUUUUAAGCUUCUGAUUAAGGAGGUUCUCAAUCCUUUUUACGUUUUUCAGUUGUUCAGUGUGAUAUUGUGGAUCACUGAUGAAUAUCACUACUAUGCAUUAGCAAUUGUGAUUAUGUCUGUAAUAUCCAUUGUUAGCUCACUCUACACCAUUAGAAAGCAAUAUGUUAUGUUACAUGACAUGGUAGCAGCUCACAGCAUUGUCAGAGUUUCUGUCUGCAGAGGAAACCAAGUAAUAGAAGAAAUCCUUUCCACUGACCUUGUGCCUGGAGAUGUCAUGCUGAUUCCAUCUAAUGGGACCAUUAUGCCCUGUGAUGCAGUGCUUCUCAGUGGUACUUGCAUUGUAAAUGAAAGUAUGUUAACAGGUGAAAGUGUUCCUGUCACAAAGAUUAAUCUACCAAAUCCUUCAGAAGAUCCAAAAGCAAUGGGAGAUGAAAUAUACAGUCCCGAAGUGCAUAAACGGCAUACUUUGUUCUGUGGAACCAAUGUAAUUCAAACACGAUUUUAUACUGGAGAAUUAGUCAAAGCUCUAGUAGUGAGAACAGGCUUUAGCACUGCUAAAGGACAACUUGUUCGCUCUAUACUGUAUCCAAAGCCAACUGAUUUUAAACUCUAUAGAGAUGCCUAUCUGUUUCUCCUGUCUUUGGUAGUGGUGGCAGGCAUUGGCUUUCUGUACACAGUUGUCAAUAGCAUCUUAAACAAGGUUCCAGCUCAUAUCAUCAUCAUCGAGUCUCUUGACAUUAUCACUAUCACAGUGCCCCCAGCACUCCCUGCUGCCAUGACUGCUGGCAUUGUUUAUGCGCAGAAACGCUUGAAAAAAAUUGGCAUCUUCUGCAUCAGCCCACAAAGGAUAAAUAUUUGUGGCCAGCUGAAUCUUGUGUGUUUUGAUAAGACUGGCACACUUACUGAGGAUGGUUUGGAUCUUUGGGGAAUUCAGCGGGUGGAAAGUGCUCGUUUCCUUUUGCCGGAAGAGAGGGCUUGCAGUGAGAGCUUGCUGAAGUCUGAGUUUGUUGCUUGCAUGGCAACUUGUCAUUCCCUUACAAAAAUUGAAGGGGUACUUUCUGGGGACCCACUUGAUUUGAAGAUGUUUGAAGCAAUAGGAUGGAUUUUAGAAGAAGCAACUGAAGAAGAAACAGCACUUCAUAAUCGUAUUAUGCCAACGGUGGUUCGCCCUUCAAAACAGCCUUUUCCAGAAUCCAAGCAGGCAACGAAUCAAGAAAUGGAAUUAUUUGAGCUUUCAACCAGCUAUGAGAUUGGAAUUGUGCGCCAGUUUCCAUUUUCUUCAGUUUUACAACGUAUGUGUGUAAUAACCAGAGUUCUGGGGGAGAAGAGAAUGGAUGCUUACAUGAAAGGUGCCCCUGAGGUGAUUGCCAGUUUGUGUAAGCAGGAAACAGUUCCUGUUGACUUUGAGAGUGUCCUGGAAGAAUACACUAAGCAGGGCUUCCGAGUUAUUGCUCUUGCUCACAGAAAAUUGGAGUCUAAGCUUACAUGGCACAAAGUCCAGACUAUUAAUAGAGACGCUAUUGAAAGCAGCAUGGAUUUUAUGGGGUUAAUUAUAAUGCAAAACAAGCUGAAGCAAGAAACCCCUGCUGUACUUGAAGAUUUGCAUAAAGCCAACAUUCGCACUGUCAUGGUUACAGGGGAUAAUAUGUUAACUGCUAUCUCUGUGGCCAGAGACUGUGGAAUGAUUCUACCUCAGGAUAAGGUCAUUAUUGCUGAAGCACUACCUCCAAAGGAUGGGCAGGCUGCCAGGAUCAACUGGCAUUAUGCAGAUACCCUCGCAAAAUGCACUAGUUCAUCACCAGCCAUAAACUCAGAGGAUAUUCCAGUUAAAUUGGUCCAUGAAAGCCUUGAGGAUCUCCAGAUGACCAAAUACCAUUUUGCAAUGAAUGGAAAGUCAUUUGCAGUGAUUCUGGAGCAUUUCCAGGAUCUGGUACCCAAGCUUGUGUUACAUGGCACUGUGUUUGCUCGCAUGGCACCUGAUCAGAAAACUCAGCUGGUGGAAGCUUUACAAAAUGUAGAUUACUAUGUGGGCAUGUGUGGAGAUGGUGCAAAUGAUUGUGGAGCACUAAAGAGGGCACAUGGUGGUAUAUCUUUGUCUGAACUUGAGGCUUCUGUGGCAUCACCGUUCACUUCCAGGACACCUAGUAUUUCCUGUGUGCCAAAGCUGAUCAGGGAAGGCCGUGCUGCUUUAAUAACUUCCUUUUGUGUAUUUAAGUUCAUGGCAUUAUACAGCAUUAUCCAGUACAUCAGUGUUACUCUGCUGUAUUCUAUCCUGAGCAAUCUGGGAGAUUUCCAGUUUCUCUUCAUUGAUUUGGCAAUCAUUUUGGUGGUUGUCUUCACUAUGAGUUUGAACCCUGCUUGGAAGGAACUUGUUGCGCAAAGGCCUCCAUCAGGUCUUAUCUCAGGUCCACUUUUGUGUUCCGUUUUGUCUCAGAUCAUCAUCUGCUUUGCUUUCCAAAUCCUUGGGUUUUUUUGGGUCAAGCAACAGUCCUGGUAUGAGCAUUGGACAAUAGAAUCUGAUGCGUGUCAUGUAUUGAAUGCCACAAACACCAGCUCUGCCCACUAUGAGAACGAAACUCUUCAUGAUGAACAUAACAUUAAAAAUUAUGAAAACACGACUUUGUUUUUUAUCUCCAGCUUUCAGUACCUCAUAGUGGCGAUUGUCUUUUCUAAAGGAAAGCCCUUUAGACAACCAUGCUACAAAAAUUUUCUGUUUGUUAUUUCCGUGAUAGUUCUUUAUGUCUUCAUAUUUUUCAUCAUGUUGCAUCCAGUUGAAUCUAUUGACGCAUUUCUUGAGCUCGUGUGUGUGCCAUAUGAGUGGCGUCUAAGAAUUCUCAUCAUUGUUAUUGUCAAUGCAAUUGUAUCCGUGUUGGUGGAGAAUGUCCUCCUUGAUAUGAUCCUUUGGAAGGUUGUGUUCAAUCGAGACAAACAAGGAGAAUAUCGCCUCAACAUACCCCAGCCGCCUCAGGAGGCUGUGGAUCACUGGGGAGCUUGUUUCCUUUCUUCACUGUUUGGCUGUAGAGAGAAGACACCAAAAGCCAAGUAUAUGCAUCUAGCUCAGGAACUGCUGGUUGAUCCAGAAUGGCCACCAAAACCCAGAACAACAACAGAAGCUAAAGUACCUUCUCAAGAAAAUGGUUCAUAUCAAAUCAUCACUUUAACAUAACAACGGAUCUUGGUGGCAUGUGUCUUUAGUAGAAUUUAGAAGAAUGUAAUUUUCAGGCUUCAUUUGAAAUUACAUUAUACUAAAUGUCAAAUUCUGAGCAGAUACUUCCAACUGUUUUUGUUUGUCUGAAUACAUAAUUCAGAGCCAGACUCUCAUAGCUAUACAUUUUAAAAAUGUAGGUUACCUUAGGCAGAACAAAACUGGUCAUCUUUUCUUCCACCUUCUUCUAACUUAAAAAUACAGUUAUUCCAAAAUGAGAUAUAUUUGGAGAUUUAAACUGCAGGGCAGUUAAACAGGUUCGCUUUAUUUGCCUGGGAUAUCUUAAUCAUUGUUCUAACUUGUUUACCAGGGCACCUGUUAAUGUAAGCUCUAUGAUGUAAGGCUUUUGUGGUAGUACUAGAGACACGUAAUGACCUUUUUGGCUGUUUUCUUUUGGUUUCUCUCUCUCUCUCUCUCUCUCUCUCUCUCUCUCUUUUUUUUUUUUUUUUUUUUUUUCCAAUUUUCCCUGUUGAAAAGCUUUGUGCCUCAGAAUGGUUCUGAAGUUUUGGUGAAUGUAGCCCUAAGUUUGUCCCUACUAGCAAGGAGUGUUUCCAGGUGAAAAAGUUUGUGUUUAAGUUUAGUUUCUUUGUCUGCCACAGCAGGAAUUGGGAGCACUAUAGAAACAAUACAUUCUGUCCCUAAGCAGAAAUUACGUUGUUCUCAAGUGUGUUCUUAGCUUCUCUUCUAGCUAACCCUGAAAAGCUGAAGACAGACUCCAGUAAAGGAGGCGUUAGGCUAUACCUUAACCUGUUUGGAGAAGGAGGGCUGGAGAACCUAACAUUUUUUUUUUCCAUCUCACCUUUUAUUACUUUUAACUAUAUCUCCACAGACCUUACUUUUUACAACAGAAAGAUAAGGUUUUAUUUUUAAAUCUUAAGAAAAUUUUAUUAUAUGCCUUGAAGUAGUAAGGCCAAAGUUACUGCUGCAAGGAGAGAGUGGGGGGAGAUAUUUUCACAAGCCCACACUUGGGACUUCUGCAUGUUAAGAACAUAUGCAUUUCAAAGAAUCUGCCAGUGUCUUAAGCACUAUAUGUAGCUGUAUGAAGCAAAACUUAAAAAAAAAAAAAAAAAAAAAAAAAAAAAAAAAAAAAAAAAAAAAAAAAAAAAAAAGAGCUAAAAUCUUGUCUUGCUGUAGAACUAAGGCUUAUCUGGAUCUGGAUUUUAUUUUUUUAAACUUGCAUCACCAGUAAUGCUGCUUUAAGUACUUGGAUCAGCAAUGCACGAUUUUGCCGCUAGGUGGUGUCAAAGAAAACCCAAGAUCUCUAGAGAAAUAGAUCAGCAAAGAUGUAGGGGUAGGCGUUGUCUUCACAAGCAGAGCUUAAACAAAAGUGUGUGUUAAGAAUUCUUGUGUGUUUUGGGGGGGGUUUUGUUUUGUUUAACGUCCAUGAGAAAGAACUACAAGCUACUUACCUUCAAACCAUCGUUGGAUUGCUGCACUUAAAUUGUUGUGUCUUUGGGAAGAUAGCAAAAAUGUUGGCUAUUGAUCUGCCUUUUUUUAACCAAGUGGAACUGACUGAUUCAGAUGCCCCUGAACUUGAAGGGGGGCAUCUAAGAUCCGGAGCUGCCCUUUAGAGAGAACUCAUGUAGGGAUUAGAGGGAGGGCCCCAGACUGGCUGGGACUUCUGUGUGUGUAUUUUGAUGACAGAGUUUGGGAUGGUAGGGUCUUUGUUUACUUUUCAAAUUCCUAUGGGGAUUAUUCUAUUCCAAAAUUGUUUUAGUAAGUGGAAUUUUUCCAGGUCAGGCUUAUUUCCUUGUGCUUUUCUGUAAGGCAGUCUGUGGCAGUGUCCUCUACUGUUCAUUUUAGGAUUUUUGCAGUGUUGAACAUGCUGUGCCAAUAGUGAACUUAAGUGGUGCUAAAUGGUUUGGAAGAUGUUUUUCUAGAACUUGAAGGUUAGUAGAAAAUAACACUUGCUCCUCAGAAAUAGUAUGCUUAUAGUAUACUAUCCUCCAGUCCAGCUGUCAGUUCU